AUGAACACAUAUAUUACUGAUAUUGGAACUUUAAAUAACACAAUGAAAUUUAUACAAAAAUUCCUAAGAAAUACAACGGCCCAAGGCUCUAGUGUAUUUGGAAAAGAUUAUAUAUCACUUUUAUUACAACUACCAGAAUCUUGGCAGAAAGCUUGGUUCGAUAUUAGAAGGUUCACAUGGAUCCUUUACACCAAUAACGCACUGCCUUUUGAAACUGGUGCAAGGCCCUCAUUACAAGAACAAGAAGCUU